AUGAAGGCGAUUAUCAACAUGAGCAAGCUGUCGGUGUUGGAGAUCCAGACGGUCCUCGACAAGUAUGCGGAGGUGUCGGGUCUGUCAGAGAGCGAGAUCGCGAAGGCUAUCUGGGCCGCCAUGUCUCUCGAAGUCUACCAGUUCGCGCGGAUGGAAAAUAUAUCCGAGAAUCUCCCGCCGUCUGAGCUCAUGGCGAGCCUGUGGGCGAUGCAGGAGUGGGAGAGCCGAAAGGUCACAGCGGCGCCGCCUCAACCGCAGCCGCAGCCGAGCUACAAGGCGUCGUUCUAUGGUCAGCGUGCGGCUCAACCGAAGCAGCAGCCUUCCCAGCCGCAGAAGCAGCAGACCAGCGUGGUGGCGGCGGUGGCGUUCGCGGAGGCUAUGGCGGCCAAGUACAACUUGUCGGCGGAGGAGCUCGAGAGACGUCGCCGAGUCGGGCGAUACGAAGCGUUGACACAGCAGGUGCAAGUCGCGUGCGCGGGUUCUUCUGAUACCGCGAUGCAGGUGCAAGCUCUUAUUGACACUGGAUCGGUCGCCACAUUUGUGAGCCGUGCUGUAGCAAAUACACUUCGUGCCCCCUCAUUUCCAGUUCCAAUGAUCAAGUUGAGGACAGUGACGAAAGAGGAGAUGAAGGUGCGCGAGGGCGUGGCGCUGCGAGUUACUUUGGCGGGCCGGCAGUUGUGGGUCCAAGCGAUGAUCCUGGAUGGGCCGGUGGUGCCGCUCCUGUUGGGCAUGGAUGUGCUGGCGGCGGCAAAUCCUGUCAUCGAUCUGGCGACUCGGACGGUGCGGUUCGAGAGCAUGAAGCCGGUUCGUGUCAGAGGCAAGGGCAGUCUGGGCUCGGGCGUCAUUGGCGUGGUGCAGCAGGACGAGGCUGCGCCCGCGGUGGUGGCGAAAGCGGCGGACGUGCAGAACGAGGCUAAGCCGGCGGUGGCGCAAGUGGCGCGGGACGAGGCUAAGCCGGCGGUGGCGCAAGAGACGGAGGCUCAGGACGAGACUAAGCCGGCGACACAGGCCAAGCCGGCGCAGGGCGAGGCUCAGCCAGCGGUGGCGACAGAGGCCGAGCCGGCGACGGCGACAGAGGCCAAGCCGGCGGCAGCAGCGGUGGAGGCGAAGCCGGUGGUGACAGGGACCAAGCCAGCGCCGGUGGCGAUCCAGCGGGAAGCGUCGGAGGCGAGGUUGCCGUCGUCAGUGGUGGCGUUCCGGCGACGUCGGAAGCGACAGAAGCGGCGUAUGUUUGUGCGCUUGGUCGCGGCGGCCGAUGCGCUGGAGGUGGUUCUGCCCGAGGCGUACGCAGAGUUCGCGGAUCGUUUUGAACCGAGCGGACCCAAGAAGCUGCCC